AUGCUUGUUUCAUAUUUACUGAUUUUAAGCUGCGUUUCCAUAAGGCAGCCGUGGGUCACGUGUAAAUUACAAAAGAGGCAUUGCACGCAGCUAAAUCGCAAUAAAAUAAUAGGAUUCAUUAACAGAAAUUAUAAAAACACAUAUGGAUAUAAAAUUGACGUAAAAAGUCGGUAUUUGAGCAGAGUAAAUGAUACACAUAAACUGAAGGACCAGCCUUCUGCACUUCAUUCGCAAGAAGAUGACAGGACGAACAGGGACGGAAGAGCAUAUUUUCAAAAAAAUUACCACAAGUUUAAAAAAAUCAUCUCACCCCUGGAUAGUAACGUCACAGUUCUGGAUUCGGCAGUUUCAAUUUGGGCGUAUGUAAUUCCCCUAAUGAAGUGCUCGGAGAACUUCGAGCAUCUGCUGUUCACGCUGAACCUGCCCUCACUGGUUAACAAACUAAUUUUAAGGUUGCUGAAUAUUAAAACGGUUAUUUCGUCCAUUCCGAACCUGAUGGACGUGAUUAUGCUAACAAUAAAUAAGGUUUUUCUGGUCGAAAAUAGACUUAAUCUGAGCCACUUCAUUCGGUUCAACUUCACACAGGGGAACAUACUGUACAUGUACGUUAACCUGCUGAGUCUGUUUUACAGCGACUUUAUCACUCCCCUGGGGGACAGCCUAGUUCCAACGUUCGUGGGAUACACACUGAUGUUCUCCUCGAUCGCACCGCUCUUUUACUGUAUGAUAUGCUCCCUGCUUGGAAAAUACGCACAGUUGCCAAUAGUAUCCCAGGCGGCUGAAAUGACAGUAAACUCAAGGCGUUUAGCUAGGAAGCUAACUAAAUAA